AUGAGAAGUCGACAUAGCGUAGAGCCCACAUGCACUUCCGCAGCAGCAGCAACACCGGCGGUAGCAACAGAAACGCAUGCGCCGCCAACAAUUAAGGCUAAAACCUUAGCCGUUUCGACAGUAAGCGCACAACAACAACAACAACAAAAACAACACAAAAGCAAUGCAGUUUCUGUGCAACCGCCGGCGGCGUUAGUGGUCAGUCCAAGAAGAAGCAACAACAGCAACAUAAAGCAGACAAUCAAAGCUAAUCUGCAAGCAAUUCAAGAACAAGAACAAGCACAGCAGCAUAGCGAGAACGACGAAAUGAACGACGUUCACCCACAAAGCAAUAACCUAAACGAUAAUAAUAGUAUUAGCAAUAAUAGCAACAACAACAACAACAACAGCAAUAGUAGCCACAAUAUGAGUGCAAGUGUAAAUAGUGUAUGCAAUACAAGCAAUAAUCUCUUAAAUAAUUCAAGUAAUUCAAGCAAUAACAACAACAAUAAUAGCAACAGCAACGAUAACACCAACAGCAGCAUGGAAAUGCCACAUAGCAAAAAUAAUGCAAAUAUCAACAACAACAACAUUAGUGGGAGCGGCGGCGGCAUUGGCGAAGGUAGUGACAAAACUUCACCAGCCAACAGUAUUGGCGCUAACUCUGCGAAAAUUGCCGACCUCACCGCACUGUCUGCUACCCACUCCAAUACCAACACUAACAUCAAUAGCACCAGCAGCAGCGUCAGCCAUAGCAGCACUUCAUCGACCAGCCUUUUGCUGCGUAAACAAUUCAUCGCCUCAUCGGAUGGCAGCAAUGCGAGUUUUAGCUCGGCAUCGGUUGCUGGCUCAAUACAG